UUGACAGCGGAAGACAAGUAUCAACGAGAACGAUAGCAUACUUCAGAUACGGCAACCUAGCAAUAUUUAACUGUCAACAUUUAUUUCACUUAUAGUCUUCAGUACCCUAUUAACAAUUCCUCCUCAGUAGGGGUAAUAGCCUGUUAAUCGAGGAUGCAUUGGAUACAGCUUAACAUUUGUGCAAGUAUGCCUUUUAGGUUUAAAUAAGUGUGCUGCACGGAUGAACUACACGUUUAGUUGGAAUCACCAAGAACUUUUUUACAUGGAGAUUGCGUCGUCCGUGAGUCAGCAUCGGACUGAUUGCCUCGCAUGAGCCACUGUCGGACGACGGCGGGGCUCAUUCCGUUCGGAGAAUAAGGAUGAGAAAGCCCAAAGUGGGACGACUUUUUCUGGCAACGUGCCUUGGUUCCUUUUUCUUUAUUAUAUUGUAUUUCCAGAACAGUUCAAGAUCGGUGAUAGCACUUGGUGGAGCGAGGAGAAACGUCACAGGGAAGUCCCGGAGAAAUCCGCUGCACACGUCACACGACAAUGAUCAGCUGGAGCAGUCUGCUGUGCAGGCGUCCCUGCUGGGCCGGCGAGAGCGUUUGGAGGAGGUGUGCCGCUCGCACACCCACAAGAGGCGCGUGCUGACCCCGGAGGACCUGCGCCACCUGGUGGUGGACGACGAGCACGGCCUGCUCUACUGCUACGUGCCCAAGGUGGCCUGCACCAACUGGAAGCGCGUGCUCAUGGUGCUGACGGGCAAGGGCCGCUACCGCGAGCCGCUGGCCAUCCCGGCCAACGAGGCGCACGUGCCGGGCAACCUGCGCACGCUGUCGGAGUACUCCGCCGCCGAGAUCAACCGCCGCCUGCGCAGCUACCUGAAGUUCGUCUUCGUGCGCGAGCCCUUCGAGCGGCUGGUGUCGGCCUACCGCAACAAGUUCACGCGCAGCUACAACACCGCCUUCCACAAGCGCUACGGCACCAAGAUCGUGAGCCGGCACCGGAUCGACCCCAAGCCCAGGUCGCUGGAGCGCGGGAACGACGUCUCCUUCGAGGAGUUUGUCUACUACCUGGUGGACCCACGGACACAGAGGGAGGAGCCCUUUAAUGAACACUGGGAGCGGGUACACUCGCUCUGCCACCCUUGCCUCAUCCACUAUGACGUAGUGGGGAAGUACGAGACGCUAGCUCAGGACUCCCACUAUGUGCUCAAAGUGGCUGGGGUGGACUCAGAGGUCCACUUCCCCACCUCGGGGAAGACCACCCGCACCACGGGCGACAUGGCUGCCCAGUUCUUUCGGAAUAUUAGUCCUUUCUAUCAGAGGAAGCUCUUCAACCUCUAUAGGAUGGACUUCUUGCUUUUCAACUACACCACACCAACUUACUUGAAGUUAAGAUGAGGAUAGGUACAUUUUCCAACCAAUGUCAGUAUGUUUACUUCUUUGUGAAUGUUUUGUGCUUUUUUACUGAUUGCCCCAAAAUGCAACUUCAUAAGGGAAAAUGGCAGGACAAUUGUCAUGGGGCAUAUCUCUCUUGUGAAAAAAAGUAUAUUGUGAAGACAUUGACACUGUCUGUGACAUGAGAAUUUAACAAAAUGGCUGGGUCUUUUAUGAACUGGAAUUAGUGCCUUAUGUGUCAGUUUUCUAAGGGAUCUAAAGCCCAAUUCACACCAAAGAUUCCCGACGCAAUUCCCGAGUUGCAGCGGUGUGAAUUAGAAGUUGCACGUAGUUGCAAGCAGUCGCAAGCCGUCGCAGAGCAUUAAACGCAUUGAGUCGCAGUGGCAAGGUUUUAGAACGUCGCAGCUCGUCUCGUCGGGAUGCUUUGGUCUGAAUCCUACUUAAGGCAGUUAGAUGUUGUGGUCACAGCUUUCUUUUGAAUUCCACUCCACGCAUGUUUCUUGACUUUGUAUUUAUGGUAUUGUCAAAAAUAUUUAUUGUGGAUUAUUGUGGGUGAAGAUUAAAUUUAAACCAUCCCAGUAAAUGACAUUUCGUAGGGUUCAAUGUAUGUUGGGUUUAAAUGGAAAAAAAAAAUAUGGACCAACAGCUUUCCCUGUUGACUACUUGAAUAUAAUAAAACAUCCUCAGAUCCUGAAAAGAGCUUGAGUUUAGGCUGAACUUAGGUUAAAGCGUAAUAUUACUUGAUUCCCUAACAAUAAUGAAAAAGAUGAAUUUCCAAUUUUAUUCAAAUUUGAAUUAAAACAAUUAAAUGAUGGUAAACUGCGGCAGUCUUGCUGUAUCUGGACAGUUUCCACACUAAUGAAUGAAAUAGCAAAGGUUCCUUUUCACCGAGUCUCUCUUUAUUUAGUAUGAUCAGACUGUGUAAACAGUGCAUAGCUGUGGUUUGGAGAAACGUAGACCCUCAUCAGAGCCUUCCUUGUUGAACCUUACAGGGAAGUAGGAGGGCUAGACUACCUGUUGGUCACUACAGAUUGAAAUGAGAAGAUCUGUGAAAAACACCCAUCUCCAUCUAGAUAUGGCCCGACUGAAAAGCUGUCAAGUCGCUGAAUAAACGUGUAUUGGUUGUCGUACUGUUGCAUAACCUAUCCACCAACACCUGUUCUUUUUGAAGCCCAUUACACUUGAUUGAGGAUUUGUUUUGCUUAAAACGAAUCAAUGUCUGGACAGGGGUUACAGAUAUCAAAUCUGAAAUCCAAAGCUGACCGAUUUUUGAAGAGAGAGAUGUGCAAAGUAGUAUUGAUCGUGUAGCUCCCUGUGCACCAUGUAAGACUAGUAAUGUGGACCCAUGCAAAGACAGGAGGAGGUGCAGAGUGCACCCAAUCUGUAACUCUUUGAAGACUAUAUGUGAAUCAUGCUCAUAUACUGUAUAUGUGACUACCUGGUCAUACGAUGUGGCUGUAGUCUUUUACACACACCAAGAAUCCUGGUCAUAUACUGUACUGUGAAAACAAACCAAAAUUCAUGAAAUAAACUAGCAUUUUGUUUCCAUUC